AUGUCUGGGAAACGAGAGGAGUCCACUAAUGGUGGAAUUGGCAAGACAAUUGCUCAAAUUGAGAAGGUCGUUACUGCCUCGCUACGGCCUCUGCCUAGCAAAACAGGAGAUGGUACCUAUGUUACAGAGGCAGUCAAGACUGGACUUCUCAAAGAUCUCAGCCAUGUUGAUUUGGGCGAUCUCAAGACACUCCUAGAGGUCUCCAAAAGUGCUUUGACCGGAGAGGCCGUCGACGAUAAGAAGUAUAUUAUGGAGCGGGUUGUCCAGCUUGCUGCUGGUUUACCGUCGACAUCUCAGAUCGGUAAAGACAUGACGAAUACCUUUCUGACCACCCUGUGGAACGACUUGGAACAUCCGCCGAUUUCUUACCUCGGCAGGGACGCCAUGUAUCGCAAAGCGGAUGGCUCAGGAAACAACAUCCUCUGGCCCCAUAUCGGUGCGGCUGGCACUCCAUAUGCAAGAUCUGUCCGGCCCAAGACUAUGCAGUCUCCGAAUCUACCAGAUCCCGAAACACUUUUCGAUUGUCUACUGGCUCGGAAAGAGUAUAAAGAACAUCCGAACAAGAUAUCUAGCGUGUUGUUCUACAUUGCCUCUAUCAUCAUUCAUGAUAUAUUCCAGACGGAUCGUAAAGACCCGACAGUGAGUUUGACCUCUUCAUACUUGGACCUUUCACCUUUGUAUGGCAACAACCAGGACGAACAAAACCUUGUGAGAACAUUCAAAGAUGGCAAGCUCAAGCCUGACUGCUUCUCGACAAAACGUGUUUUGGGCUUCCCACCAGGUGUUGGUGUUCUCUUAAUUAUGUUCAACCGUUUCCACAACCAUGUGGUCGAAAAUCUGGCGUUGAUCAACGAAGGUGGCCGAUUCACGAAGCCCCAAGAGUCUGAUGCCCAGGCUUAUGCGAAGUAUGACAACGAUCUUUUCCAGACUGGUCGACUCAUCACAUGUGGACUCUAUGUCAACAUCAUUCUCAAGGAUUAUGUCCGAACUAUUCUGAAUAUCAAUAGAACGGACAGUAUCUGGAGCUUAGACCCACGUGCUGAUAUGAAGGAUGGACUGCUCGGUGAGGCAGCUGCUCAAGCGACCGGCAAUCAGGUCUCAGCCGAGUUCAACCUUGUAUAUCGCUGGCAUUCGUGCAUUUCCAAGCGUGAUCAGAAAUGGACAGAAGAUAUGUACCAAGAGGUGUUCCCUGGCCAGGAUCCCAGCAAGCUACCCUUGCAGGACUUUAUGCGAGGACUUGGCCGAUGGGAGGCAAAGUUGCCAGGAGAGCCUCAAGAACGACCAUUUGCUGGCCUACAACGCAAGGCGGACGGCUCGUACGACGACGACGAUCUGGUCAAGAUCUUCGGGGAUAGCGUUGAAGACUGUGCAGGUGCUUUUGGUGUGUUGCACGUUCCGACGGUCUUUAGGAGUAUCGAAGCGCUUGGAAUUCAACAAGCCCGUUCCUGGAAUUUGGCUACCCUGAAUGAGUUCAGGAAUUAUUUCAAUUUGGCGCCCUACAAGACAUUUGAAGAGAUCAACCCAGAUCCCUACGUCGCAGAUCAGUUGAGGCGACUCUAUGACCAUCCCGAUCGCGUUGAGAUUUAUCCAGGUAUCAUUGUUGAGGAUACGAAAGAGUCCAUGGCCCCGGGCAGUGGUCUUUGCACGAAUUUCACCAUCUCGAGAGCUAUUCUGUCGGAUGCAGUUGCUUUGGUUCGUGGUGACCGCUUCCAUACCGUUGAUUUCACACCGAAGCACCUUACGAAUUGGGCAUACAAUGAGAUCCAGCCUCAGGAAUCUGUUGAUCAAACCCACGUCCUCUACAAGCUCGUUUUCCGAGCGUUCCCAAAUCAUUUCAAAGGCGAUUCAAUCUAUGCCCAUUUCCCUCUUGUCAUUCCGUCUGAAAACAAGAAGAUUCUGACCAAACUGGGAACUGCCGAUAAGUACAGCUGGGACCGACCCAGCUUUACUCAUCCGCCUCAGUUCAUCAACUCUCAUUCUGCCUGUAUGUCCAUUCUUGCUGACCAAGAGACUUUCAAAGUCUCUUGGGGUAAGAAGAUUGAGUUCCUGAUGCGCCACAAUGAUCAACCUCAUGGCCGGGAUUUCAUGCUAUCUGGAGACAAGCCACCUAACGCCGAGUCGCGCCAAAUGAUGGGUAAGGCUUUGUAUCGGAAUAAGUGGGAGACCGAAGUCAAGGAUUUCUAUGAGGAAAUUACCCUGAAGUUGCUGCACAGGAAUUCUUAUAAGCUCGCUGGUACCAAUCAGGUCGAUAUCGUUCGUGAUGUUGCAAACCUUGCCCAGGUCUAUUUUUGCGCUUCCGUUUUCUCGCUGCCUUUGAAGACAGAAUCAAAUCCUCGCGGUGUUUUCACAGAGUCGGAGCUGUAUCAGAUCAUGGCUGUUGUCUUCACAUCGAUCUUCUAUGAUGCAGAUGUUUGCAAGUCUUUUGAGCUCAACCAAGGCGCUCGGGCCGUGACACAACAGCUCGGCCAGUUGACAAUGGCCAACGUUGAGCUCAUCGAGAAGACUGGUUUCAUCGCCAACCUGGUGAACAGUUUGCACCGGCACGAUGCUCUGACCGAAUAUGGUGUCCACAUGAUCCAGCGUUUGCUUGACACCGGUACACCAGCGGCUGAGAUUGUCUGGACACACGUUCUACCAACCGCUGGCGGGAUGGUCGCCAACCAAGCGCAACUGUUCUCGCAGUGUCUUGAUUAUUACCUGUCGGAUGAGGGAUCUAUCCACCUACCCGAGAUCAAUCGGCUGGCUAAGCAGGAUACCCCUGAAGCCGAUGAUUUGCUGUUGCGAUACUUUAUGGAAGGCGCCCGACUACGGUCAUCCGUCGCCUUGCCUCGAGUCGUGGCACAGCCAACCGUUGUCGAAGACAAUGGUCAAAAGGUCAUUUUGAAAGAGGGCCAGCAUAUUCUUUGCAACUUGGUUUCGGCGUCCAUGGACCCAGCUAGCUUCCCAGAGCCCGACAAAGUCAAGCUUGACCGGGACAUGAACUUAUACGCGCACUUUGGUUUCGGACCGCACCAGUGUCUCGGAAUUGGUCUCUGCAAGCUCGCAUUGACGACAAUGCUCAAGGUUGUAGGGCGGCUGGAUAACCUUCGCCGCGCGCCUGGAGGCCAAGGCCGCUUGAAGAAGCUUUCUGGUCCUGGUGGUAUUGCGAUGUACAUGACCCCUGACCAAAGUGGUUUCUUCCCCUUCCCAACGACUAUGAAAAUCCAAUGGGAUGGUGACUUGCCCCCCUUGAAGACUGAAUAG